AGACGGUUCGGGUGUUUCCGCCACCAGCUUCGGGCGGACUCGGCGGCUGGCCGGCCUCGUUCCUUCCCUCCCCGCCGCCUGCCCCGGUAACGGUCGCUGGGAGUUUAAAUGAGCAGGGGCCGGGCCGCGCCGCGCCGUCGCCGGGACACGCACUGAGGCGGGGCCGGGGCCGCCCCGCUCCGGGCUCGGCGAGGAGGAGGAGGAGGAGGAGGCGGAGGCCGGGGAGAGCAGGAUGACGGUGCUGCAGGAACCCGUCCAGGCUGCUAUAUGGCAAGCACUUAACCACUAUGCUUACCGCGAUGCAGUGUUCCUUGCAGAAAGAUUAUAUGCAGAAGUACAUUCGGAAGAAGCACUGUUUUUACUGGCGACAUGUUACUACCGCUCAGGAAAGGCCUAUAAAGCAUACAGGCUCCUAAAGGGACACAGCUGUACUACCCCACAAUGUAAAUACCUGCUUGCAAAAUGUUGUGUUGACCUCAGCAAGCUUGCAGAAGGAGAGCAGAUCUUAUCUGGUGGAGUGUUGAAUAAACAGAAAAGCCAUGAUGACAUUGUUAUGGAGUUUGGUGACUCUGCAUGCUUUACACUCUCCUUACUGGGACAUGUCUACUGCAAGACAGACCGGCUUGCCAAAGGAUCAGAAUGUUACCAAAAGAGCCUUAGUUUAAAUCCUUUCCUCUGGUCCCCUUUUGAAUCGCUAUGUGAAAUAGGUGAAAAACCAGACCCUGACCAAACAUUUAAAUUAACAUCUUUACAGAACUUCAGCAGCUGUCUGCCUAACACUUGCACAACAUUGGUAUCUAAUCACAAUAUAUCCCAUAGACAGCCUGAGACUGUCCUUAUGGAAACGCCGCAAGACACAAUUGAGUUGAACAGAAUCAAUCUAGAAUCCUCCAAUUCAAAAUACUCCUCCUUGAACACAGAUUCUUCUAUGUCUUACAUUGACUCAGCUGUAAUUUCACCAGAUGCUGUCCCUCUUGGGUCAGGAACUGCCAUAUUGUCUAAACAGGCUCAAAAUAAACCAAAAACUGGGCGGAGUUUACUGGGAGGACCUGCGGCUUUGAGCCCACUAACUCCAAGCUUUGGAAUUUUGCCACUAGAAACCCCAAGCCCUGGAGAUGGAUCGUAUUUACAAAACUACACGAACUCUUCUUCUGUAAUUGAUGUGCCAUCCACAGGAGCACCUUCAAAGAAGAAACUUUGUGUUAUGCAGACUGUCAGCAGGAUAAGCCAAGCUGGAACAAAAUCUGUCUUCUCACAGAGCGGAAAUAGCCGGGAAGUCACUCCAAUUCUUGUUGCACAAACACAGAGCUCUGGUCCACAGACAAGUACAACACCUCAGGUAUUGAGCCCAACAAUUGCUGCUCCACCAAACGCACUGCCUCGAAGAAGCUCUCGCCUAUUUACUAGUGAUAGCUCUACAACAAAGGAAAAUAGCAAAAAAUUAAAAAUGAAGUUUCCACCUAAGAUUCCAAACAGAAAAACAAAGAGUAAAACAAAUAAGGGAGGAAUAACUCAACCAAACUUAAAUGACAGUUUGGAAAUUACCAAACUGGACUCUUCCAUCAUUUCAGAAGGGAAAAUUUCCACUGUUGCACCACAGAUCCAGGCUUUUACACUACAGAAGGCAGCAGCAGAAGGUUUGAUGAGCCUUCUUCGUGACAUGGGGAAAGGUUAUUUAGCCUUGUGUUCAUACAACUGUAAAGAAGCGAUAAAUAUUUUAAGCCAUUUACCAUCCCACCACUACAACACUGGCUGGGUGCUGUGCCAAAUUGGGAGAGCUUACUUCGAACUUGCAGAAUAUAUGCAGGCUGAGAGAAUAUUUUCAGAAGUAAGGAGGAUUGAAAACUACAGAGUAGAAGGCAUGGAGAUCUAUUCGACUACGCUGUGGCAUCUGCAGAAAGAUGUUGCUCUUUCAGUUCUUUCAAAGGAUUUGACAGACAUGGAUAAAAAUUCACCAGAGGCAUGGUGUGCUGCAGGAAACUGUUUCAGCUUGCAACGAGAGCAUGACAUUGCAAUCAAGUUCUUCCAGAGAGCCAUUCAAGUUGAUCCAAACUAUGCUUAUGCCUACACGCUGUUGGGGCAUGAAUUUGUGUUAACAGAAGAACUAGACAAAGCAUUAGCUUGUUUUAGAAAUGCAAUCAGAGUCAAUCCUAGACACUAUAAUGCAUGGUAUGGGUUGGGAAUGAUUUAUUACAAACAGGAAAAAUUCAGUCUAGCAGAAAUGCAUUUCCAGAAAGCACUUGAUAUCAAUCCUCAGAGCUCAGUCUUACUGUGUCACAUUGGAGUAGUCCAGCAUGCACUGAAAAAAUCUGAAAAGGCUUUGGAUACUUUAAACAAAGCUAUUAACAUUGACCCCAAGAACCCGCUAUGCAAAUUCCAUAGAGCUUCUGUAUUAUUUGCAAAUGAAAAAUACAAGUCUGCUUUACAAGAACUUGAAGAACUGAAACAGAUUGUUCCCAAAGAGUCUCUUGUUUACUUUUUAAUAGGAAAGGUUUAUAAAAAACUGGGUCAAACACAUUUGGCCCUAAUGAAUUUCUCGUGGGCAAUGGACUUAGAUCCCAAAGGAGCCAAUAACCAGAUUAAAGAGGCCAUUGAUAAACGUUACCUUCCAGAUGAUGAAGAACCAAUAACUCAAGAAGAGCAAAUCAGUGAAUGUUACCCCUAUGAAUCAGUUGGCACAGAUGAAUCCCAAGAGAGCAGCAUGACGGAUGCAGAUGACACACAGCUCCACGCAGUUGAAAGUGAUGAAUUUUAACCUCCAAAAGCCAGUAUCUGAGCUUGAGUGUGUGACUGGUACUGUUGUGUUCUCCCCUUCCUUCGCAUCCUGGGUCUUCACAUCACUGAGCCAGCAUUGUCAUUAUUCUCCACUGACACCAUGAGUACACCACUCAGACUUAAACUGUACACAGAGUUAAUGGCAGUGCAAUAUUCAGCUGCUACUGAGUCUGACUAGUUGGCUCUUACACGUUUAUGAAAGUGACUGAGGAGGAAAUGCUAUUUUUGGACUCCCCUUUGCUGGAAAAAUAUCAUGGAAGAAAGACUUGUGGUUUGCUGUAACGAAGCCAGUAGAUGUGGGGAUAGUACUAAUGAAGCAGUGUCUUGUUCUUUUUCCAGAAAUGUGUCUUAGUUUGGUUCUUUCUUGGUAAGCAGAGUGCUGAACCUCAUUUCCAAGUUCAAGGACAGUGUUGACAAGUGCAGGCUGUUAAAGAAUUUUGCAUAUUGUAGUGUAACUUAAAUGCCAGGGAAUGUAAAUGACCUUAAAGCUGCAGUGUCUCCAGUGAACAAACACAAUGCACAUGCUCAGGACUGGGAGUGUGUCAGACUAUGUAAAAUAUCCAGUGUCCCUACUUAGAGUGCAAACUUGCAGGAGUGAAAACAGGAGAAUCGCAUUGCAGAAUCAAAGCUUUCAUGAAAUGCUUUCAUGUUCUAACCAGGAAUUAAUUUAUUCACCUAGUUUCUGAAAGGUCAGUGUUUACUUUGUACUUCAGAGAAACAAGUCAACAACACGUUGCUUCAUUUUUCAUACACCCCUUGACUUGUUCUUCCCCUCUUAAGAAUACAAAUUAAUAAAGGGCAAAAUCAAGAGAGAAACAUAGGUACAACUGUAUUGUGAAAACAUCAAACCCUUAAUCCAGAGCAACUGCGUGUUUCUGAGCAGAUAGACUGGGAAGACCGUGGAAGCCUUAAUACAAUCAGAACAUUAGUUGAACACAUCAAAUAAUUGUCUAAGAUUAGUAUCAUUUUUAAAACUGUUUUGUAAAGUGUGGUUCAAGCAGGAUGCAAAAAUGUGCAAUUAAUUUGUCUUUUCUCCUUUUUUUUUUUUUUUUUUUUAAAGCUGUUCUUUAAGAUUCUCACUCUAGGAACACUUUCUUCUUCUACCGAGGCUGCUUCUGUGAGAAGCAAGCUACUCCAUGUUAAUGAGUCCAAAAUGAUCUUUCUCUGUAGCCUUCUGCAGCAACAAUUGGUGCCCUUUGUGCAGUGACGGUAAAGAAAAUGUAUGAUAUAAGCAGUUUUAAAGAGCAAUUUGUGCAUAAUAAAUUGGGAAUGAUAUAAAUUUCAUAGCAACAUAUUUGUUGUGAUCAGUCUUAAUGUUUGGGGGUUUUUUUAAUGUAUUGGGUUUUAGGGGUCUUCUAGUUACCUUUAGAACUUCAAUUUUUUUUAAUUCUGUCCUUAUCUUACACUAGGCCCAUCUUCUGUCACAGCUCCUCUCUGGUCAUGAGCCACACAGACACCUUUGUCAUUUGAAAAAAUAAUCCUCAACUCCUGAGCAAAAGUACAAUUCUCUGAUUUUUUUUUUUUUUUUUUAUUAUUAUUGGGUUGUUGGGUGGUUUUUUUUUUGAAGUAGGAAGAUAAGCAGUGAAAAAUAGGCUUAAACUCCCCUAACAGCGUGAAAAGGAAUUUCUAAAAUCUGAGGAAUGAUAAUAUAUUAAAGGAGCAUUGUGCCUGUGCCACGUUCUUCUGAUCAGCUUGUGUCUGGAAGGUUGAAUGACUGACUGGCAAAUCAUGACAUGUCUCAGCUGGCUUGAGCGUACUGAAUCUUGCACUGCUUUUUGUGGCGAUAGAUAUUCCGGGCCGAUUCCCUUUCCUGAUGAGUUGUCCCUGAGGAAGACACAGGGUUCAAGUUUCCCGAGAGCUGACCUGCAUCUACGGUAGAGCUCACGCACAGCGCUCUUGAGUUACCCAUGUCUGUCCUCGUGUGGUUUUCCCAUCCAGCCCCAGCGUAUGCAGCUUCCCCAGUGCAUCCCUCGCAAGGAGGAGUUUCUAAGCAGCACCUCAGCCUAAGGUCUGGAGGCAGCACUUGUGUGAAUGCCACCACUUCAUGUGUUAAUUGGCUUCCAUUUGGUUCCCGUCAUAUUUUCUAAGCAGAAAACAGGAGUAAGCAGGUGCUACUCUCAAGGCUUUUCCAUAACAAAUGCUGUUGUUUAAAUGGGGACCAUAGAUCUAGGAAGUUAGGUGGCUUUUUCCUUUUUAUUUUGUUCUUUAAAAAUUGUGAACGAUUGUAGUAAAACUUUCAACACCCUGGAAAGAGCUCUUAAUUCAGCUGGGAUGUUAAAAGGAUAUUCAUGUUACCUGGAAGAUUUAAUACUUAAAGCUGUCCCUUGCUUUAUAUGUACAUCAUACCUUAAAGUGAUUUUUCUUUUAUCCCAAGAAUCUCAAGUAACAUUUAGACCAUGCUGCUAUUUUACCUUCUAAAUAGAUACACAAAAUUAGUAUUUAAACAAUAAAAUUUUCUUCUCUCUGAAGAGGGGCAGGGAGAAGGACGGUGAGCAUGAAGGCACUCUGGCAGCCAGGUUAGAGCAAGUGUGUUCACUGAAAAGAAUUAGGGAACUGUCAUUUUCUUACAACAAAACUAUGGAAAAAUGCAAAGUGUGGGUGUGGUGUGUACUAUUUGCAUUGAAACAAUGUAAUUUGUCUUUUUCUUUUUUUUUUUUUUGCUUUUCCUGACUUUUUAUUUCAAAAAUUGUACAGUCUUAGAAAAAAAAGUCUUUUCUGUUAAUAUAUUUGCGAUUCAUUAAAGGAUGUGGAAAAUCCAAAUAAACUACUUUUAAAAGCA